CGUUUCUAUAGCAACGACGGCCUCCACUAUCCCCGCCGCCAUUUUGCCGGUUAUUUCUAUAGCAACGGCGGCCUCCGCCAUUUUGCCGGGGUCGUUCCUAUAGCAACGGCGGCCUCCGCCAUUUUGCCGGCCCCCGUCUCCAUAGCGACGUUCCUCGCCGCCGCCAUCUUGUUAGGGUGGCUUCCAUAGCAACGGCCGCGCUUCGCCGCCGUCCUCCUCCUCCUUCCCCGGCGGCUUUCCCAGGGCCGGCAUGGCGGUCCGCUCGAGCCUGGAAGCCCUGGACCUGACGGGGGACGAGGUGGAGCGGCUGAGCCAGGCCUUCCAGGACGAGGGCUUCCGCAAGCUGUUCGCCGACUACGCGGCCGAGCUGAGCGACCCGGCGCAGCGGGCCGUGUACGAGGCGGAGGUGUCGGCCCUGGAGCGGCAGCGGGGCGUCGAGGCGCGCUUCCUGCACCCGCAGCCCGGCUGGGUGCUGCGGACCAGCCAGGCCGGCUCCCGCCGCUGCUACGUCAACGUCUGCGGCAACGCGCUGGUGGCCAGGCCCGAGGCCAGGCCGGAGCCCGGGGGCAGCCGCUGGACGCUGCCGCACUGCCUGGCGCCGGCCCGGGAGGAGCUGGGCAGCCGGCGCCGGCCCGGGGAGCCUCGAGGCCCGCCGCGCCUGGUCUACGACGUGCUCUUCCACCCGGACGCGCUCCGCCUGGCCGCCCGCUCGGCCCGCUUCCGCCGCCUGGUGAGCGACACGGCCCUGGAGGCGCUGGAGAGCCACUUCUCGCCCGGCCUGGACCGCGCCAACGCCGUGCCGCUAAGGGGCAUCAAGUACAAGGGAGUCCCGCAGGCCACGCUGCUCCGGACGCCGCUGCCCGGGGGCGCCCCGGAGGGAACCGGGGAGGAAGAGAGCCCCUCGCCGCUGCCGCCCUUCCCCACGCCCUACGCCUACCCGCCUCGCCCGGCCGAGCCCCCGAGGCCGGCCCCCGAUCCGGCCCCGGCGGCCACCACGCCGCGCUGGAGCCUCCGGCAGCGCUCGUACGUGGACCUGCAGGACUACCGCUGCUGCCGCGACUCGGCGCCCAGCCCGGUGCCCCGCGAGCUGGUGGUGACGGUGGAGCUGCCCUGCCUCGGCUCGGCCGCCCAGGCGGAGCUGGAGGUCCGCGGGCGGGAGCUGCGGCUGGAGUCGCGGCGCCCCGCCGCCUACAGCCUGCGCCUGCCGCUGCCCUACGCCGUGGACGAGGCCGCCGGCAAGGCCACCUUCAACAAGGCCAAGAGGCAGCUGGUGAUCGUGCUGCCCGUCCUGCCGCCGGCCGGGAUCGAGCAGGGGAGCCCCGGCUGCGGCGAGCAAGGCCGGCCGGAGGAGGAGGAAGAAGGAAGGGAGGAAGAGGAGGAGCCGCCGCCGCCGCUUUCGGAAACCGGAGGCUCGGCUGAACCGCAGCCGGGCUGCGCCCCGAUCCAAGCCGCGGAGCAAACGCCCCUUGCCGCCCACGUGGAGGCGAGGCCGGGGUGCGCCGCGGAAAGCGCUCCGGCCACUCCCGAGCCCGGCCUCUCCACGUGUCCGGGUCAUAACGAUUCCGACGAUCCUCGGAGCCCCGGGGCCAGCAGCCCGGAGGAUCCCGCGGAAAGCGACCCGGCGGCUGACACGCGUCCGACCGUCUCGACGUGCGCCGGCACUGGUCGCCCCGCGGGUUUGCCUGCCGCGGCGCGUGAAGAUCCGUGCGUGGACAGCACCGUGGAGCUACGCGGCCCUGUUGCGGGAGUAAGUCAGGGGCAUCUCUGCGCCGACAUGGAUCUGAACGAAAGCACCCGUGUCACCAGCGACGCGGUGCCCUCCUCGUGCCCCGGUGGCAUCGUGGCUCCUCCACGUGUGUCCCGCUGUGACGGCCGGGAUCAUUCCGUGGCAACCCUGUCGGGUCCGGACUGCUCUACUGUAGAUGAGGCUCCGAUGCCCUCGACAAGAAGCGAGCUUUCUGCGCCACCAGGGCGCCCCAGUACCACUAGCACCGUGCAGAUUUCUGCACCCGCCUCUCUGGGUCCUGCAAACAUAACCUCUGGUUCUCCUCUGCCGCCCACGGAGGGCCCCGCCGUUGAUCCAGAUUCUGCCAAAAGCCCUGCUAGCUGCCUUGACUCUCCAGUGCCCCCUGCAAGCACAGCCGCCCGGUGUCCCCCUUUCCAAUGCACUCAGGACGAAAACUCUCUGAGGCUGAUCUUGCAGGUGCCAGACAUUGUUCCCCAGAGCCUCAGGGGGGAAGUAGGAACAAAUUGCUACAGAGUUAGUUUUGCCAGCAAAGACUUUGCUUCUUAUACAUUCCUCUUGCAGUUUCCUCCAGAAAAUAGACUGCGUCCCCCUGAGUUUGGACUUGAUGUGUCCCCCGAUAAUGCUGUUAUUUCGCUCACCAAGUCUCUUGAGACCACUGGACUUUGGAGAAAGAUGUAUUUUGGCCCAAAUGGUGAUUCCUUGCAGGAAAGGUGGUUUGUCACUGAAGACAAUGUGGAUGAGUUUCUGGACAGUCUUUCGAGGAUGUCCCGUUCCAGCCCGUCUGAGAUGGAACAUCAGCCAUUAAUUGAAGUGUUGGAUGUCUCGGAGGGCAAAAGUCAGAUCAGAUUAAAGCCGCUGGAGCAGAACGGCUUUGAGCUUGGUAAAAUGCAAGAAGGAGCUGCUCCCAAGGGAGAAGAUGGUGAACAAGAAAAUGGCAGUGAACUCUCAACAGAUGCAGAAAGCUGCCCCACACAAACAGCUCCGCUCACAUCCAUGGAAACAAUGGGCCAAGUUGGCGGGGGACCAGGCCAUUGUUUGGAGCUUGACCCCAGCAACCCCAGCUUGGCAAGCCCUGGGAAACAGCAGAUAAGGGAGUGUCGUGAGUCAGAACGUGCUUUUGCAAGGGAGGAGGAAAGAGCCACGUCCACACCGCAAGCCCAGUUUGACUGGGAGGAGGCUGGCCAGACCAGAGGGGGGGAGGGUGUGCAUUCAGAGUCAGCACAGAACAGCCAGGGCCAGGACAGGAGCAGGCCGGCUCCUCCUGUGCUAAAGGAAACAGACAUGCGGGAUGGAAGUGUGCAGUACAUUACCAGCCACACAACGCACUGCGCAGUCGCCUUUCAGAAUGCUUUGUUGUAUCAACUGGAUUAAUGUGCUGAGCUCCCAGCCGGGCUCUGCAGCGAGAAAAACCUCAAGUUUUACAUUUUGCAUUUCCUCCAAAGAGCACAGGAAAGGGACGGUGCAGAACCCCAACCACAAGUCUUGCGGAAACAAAGCACCGGUCCCAUCUGCUCAAAAACAUUCACUUCCAUUUGGGAGAUUUGAAAGGAAUGGACUCCAGGAAGGGGUUACCAACACAGUGCUCUCCAGAUCAACUUCCAUCAGUCCCAGCCAAAGGUCAGGAAUGAGGGAAGUGGCCGUGCAGCAACAUCUGGAGAGCAGUGCCUUGGCAGCCCUGGGUUUAGACGAGCACUCAGCAAGUUGCUGAAUUUCAGAAAGAAACUGGCAGUUCAUUAAAGUCAAAAUCCUGUUGCUGCGAGUAAGGGGAACAUACAGGUCAUGGUCAGGCUACAUCUAGGUUUGUUAAACUGAAAUAGGAACAUGCCUUUUGCCUGUGCACACAACCAGGAUUAAACCAGGAAGUCUCUAAUCAAAUUCCCAUUUUGAACUGGGAGAAUAUAGUUACUAGCUUUGGAAUGAGGAUCUUAAACCAGACUUUGAAGUUUCGUUUAGGAUGCUGGCUUGUUCUGAAGCCGGUGACUGAAAGAGGGAGACUUCUUGGUUGUGACGUCUUGCGCCACGGAAGGGCAAAGCGAAGAGGCUGUGUGGGCAGAAGGCUAAUUCAUCUCUCGGCUGAGCCAACUGAGCCAUGCUCUUGCGCAAGGCCUCGUCACAACUUCAGGGUUUCAUAAUGCCUUUAUUCCAACUUCCCUUUCCUCCAUCAUUCUCAUUUCUUCUCCGCUGAUGGGGAAACAACAGCCCACUAUUUGAAGUAUCCUCCCGUCUCAGAAGCCUCACAUUUCACAACGACUUGUGCUGCCACAAUUACUUUCAGGGGUGAAUUUGUAUGGUUUGCCUUUGGGGCAUCCCUUUCACACUCCGCAAGCACCCUUCAAACAGGUAGAUAAAAAUGCAACAGCACCAGCUGGGCAAAAACCAGCUUGCUUGCUUUCAUGGUGGAUGCUAAAACCAGUAUAAAUACCCUGAGUUGCUCUCUGUUCGUCAAAACCCAUGCAAGUCUCCUGAACGUCAAGUGUUGCGACUGUCUUGGGAAAUCCCCUGGGUGCUUGCAUGAAAACUGUUUUGGGGGAACUCAAAACCUUUCUGAAAUGUAUGCAGCACAAUCUAUUUUGGAUCAGGGUGUCAUAGCCAGAUUGUAAACUGCAUUCACAGGAAGAUAAUCCUAUUCAUUUUAAUGGAAUUGAUUUCAAAGUAAGCAUCACUUCUAGGGACAGGGCUGUACCCAACCGUUGCAGUUCCACUGCCAUUGGGACAGAGAAUAGCACACCCCACAAUCAGCGACUGUACAUAGAUCUAUUCCCAGCUCUACGUUUUACAGCAGAAAUGUGUUUCGGGUUUUCUGUUGGCCAAACUAGUUUUCACAGUUCAAAGACUAUUUUAGAAAUUCUGCUUAAUUUGUCUACCAUAGCUAGGCUGGAUGCUUUUGAAACUGCCUGCAUUUUACAGGAAGAGAUUUUGUGCCAACUGUUUUAACAAAAGUCAUCAAUACCCUGGAUGUGGCAGGUACCUACCAUGAAGCUAAAAUUCAGCACAUUUUAAAUGGAAGAAUUGUUCCCCAGUGAUCUGCAUUGGGGCUCAACAGUGCUCAGUUGGAGCAGGAUUGUAACCCUCUUCUCAGUCCCACAGAUUUCACCAGAACCCACUCUCAAUUAAGACCUGCUUGAAAACCCAUCAGCACUCUUCAAGCCAUUAAAUUAGAAGUUCUGUCUACAUUAAUUAGCAUGUUCAAAAUUGAAAUGGAGCAGGGAAGACUAACCUAAUGAAGUCUUUCCUCUCUUGUAACCUGAAGAAACACAUUUGCAUCCCAGAAAGUCAAGUUCUGGAAAACACUCAGCAGUUAAUUAUGUUAGACAGAAUUCAGUAGUUUCCACUAAUUGGAUUGUCCUGUAAAAUCUAGGAACACACUAAAAUUCACCAAUAAAGCGUUUUGCUGCAGGUCUAAGGGAUGCCUUGGAGAUGACUUUGCCAUCUUGUGUUUUCUGCUGCUGCCUGUAUUACUGCACCACAAUACACAAAUGGGCCUUUGUUACAUUUUGGGCAUAUAAAUGGAUUUCAUCUUUGGUGCCUUUUUCCAGAGGCAAGGAAGGGCACAAUCCACUGGGAAGUUCUUUUGCACAAGGCCCAUUUACUUUAUGAAGAACUUGUGCAGGAGAAUUUUCUGAUGGGAUUGCGCUGUAACAUUCAUUCAAUACAUAGUUAAAUUAGAUCUGUGCUCUUUCAUCAAGAAGGGCUUUUGAAGGUUACUGAGCCUCUUAACACAGAUGUAGACUAGGCUCUCAAUUAGUAUAUAUCUUCUCCAUAUGCUGUUACUUUACAUUGCUUGGGGCUUUUAGCUCUUAGAUGCUCUCCUGCAUUUCUUCAGCCCUAUUUUUAAUUAUUUAUUAAGCUGGGCUGCCUACGCAGGAACCUGAAUUGUUUCUGUAACAGGAGGUAAAUGGUUGUCAUUGUUUUCAGUUCAGUUCUUCAAAUGUUAUGUUGUUCAUUUACUUUACUUUGUAUCAUUGCACUGUGUCGUCAUUACCAUUGUUGAAACUGUUCUUUUAAUUUGGCGCUAUAAAAAUUAAAAGGGAUUGUCUCGGAUCACUGAAA